UUAAUUCUUUCCUACUUCUUUUUAGUGUUAGAUAAAUAUACCUAAUGGCUUCAAAACGUACCGCUCCAGAAACUGGAAGCUCAUCCCGAUCGGAACCACCAAGUAAAAAAUCUUUUAUGUUAUCGGAACCUGUUAAACUGGGAUCUAUUUCUACAGAGGAAGAGCUGGAUAACAAAGUAUUGAAAUUUCAAAAUGCUAAGCUUUACACUCGACUUGAAGAAAAAAAUGCACAGGAAGAAGAAUCUAGAGCACGAUUUGCAAAACUGGAGAGGCUACGUGAAAACGAUCAAAAUAUCAUUUCUGCAAUGAAUAUUGCAUGGAAUCAGUUGGAUGAGGAUGUCACACUGUUGUUACAAAGAUUUGAAAACAUAAAUGAUGACGACCAGCAAGGUAUGAGUGUGAGUACUGUUGAAUUUUUGGAGAAACUUUCAAAUCGCACAACCAAAGGAAUGAAAGAAGAGAUUCACAAACGUGUCAUGCAUUCUGGAUUGAUAACGAAACGUUUAGUGCAUGUGCUUGAAAAAGUGUUAAUACGCAGUCAAGAUUUAACUAAAAUGUUUGAAGAUCGCAAGAAAAAGGCUGUUAAAAAUGAUACAGAGUCUAUACAAAGAGACAAAAGUAAUGAGGACAACGAUGAUUAUGCAUCACAAAAACUUGCAGAAGGCGAAGACAGAGAGUUUGAAAUUCACUCCAUUGAAUUGGGUAUUCGUAACGAAAAUUCAGAACUUAAGGCAGAAAAUAAAAGAUUGCAUGAUAGUUUAAAUGGACUACAUGACAAAUACAAUGCUGUUUCUACGGAGUUCUCAGAAAUCAAAGAUAAAUUAGCAACAUCACAAAAGGAAAAUGCAGAACUUCACGCCAAGCAGGAAGACAUGGAAUACGAUUUACAACGUGCAACAAAGCAAUUUGAAAAACUGAUUAAAAAGUUAAAUGAAACUCAUGAACAAGCGAAAGUAGGAUCGUCAAGUGUUGUGACAGCUUCUAUUGCAUUAAAAGAUUCAACUCCAGAGGAAGUCAAAGCAGAAAUUGAAGACAAAGAAGAACUAGCAAAAAAUCGUUUGAUUGAACUGGAAAAAUUGCAAGAGAGUUAUGCAAAAUUGUCAGAAGAUUAUGAAAAGUUGAGACUUCAGACAUUAGAGAUUUCUGAUGAAGCAGUUGUGAAUUCGACCAAAUACAAAAUGUUGCAGACACAAUUCAAUUUACUCUACAAUGAUGCACAAGUUAUUCGAAAAAACUGUGAAGAUGCACGAAGAAUCGUUGUGAAUAACCGAAACCAACAUUUGCAGCAGAUUGAGCAAAUGGAGAAUGAAAACAUACAAACGAAGAAGCGCAUGCGCGCUGAAGUAAGCCAAUUUGAAAAAGUAUUAACCGAGUCUCGAAAAGAAUUAGAGCUUCUGCGUGUUGAGUAUGAGCACAACAUGAAAGCGCAUGAGCAGAUUGGACCAAUGGCGAAAGAAAUGAGGCACUUGAUAAAUAGCUUACAGAACCACAAUCAACAACUGAAAGGAGAAGUUCAAAGGUACAAAAGAAAGUUGACUGAUGCUGAAAAGAAACUGCUUGAGUUAGAGAAGACAAGCAAAAGUGCUGACGACGAAGAUAAUGCCACAGAUUACAUUGAUCGAAUCGAAGCGCCAAAUGCUUCGCCCCGAUCAGACUCUAGCCAAUCAAGUAACGAAGGUGCAGAUAGCGAUGACGUUAAAGUAUUAAGAACUAAAUUAAAAAAUGCUCGCGAGAAGCGGAAAGAAAUGAAGUUGUUGUUGGAUAUGUACAAAGGUGUGUCGAAAGAAACCAGAGACAAAGUGGAGCUUCUGAAGAAUGAAAAAACGUUGAAAGAUGAGGUUGGAAAAUUAAAAGGUAAACUGAUCGUCGUGACAGAAGAUGUGGUGAAACAGAGUAAAAGAUUUGCUGAUCAAGACCAUAUGAAACAGUGCAAGAAAUUACAACAGAAGAUUGAAGAGCUUCAAAAAACAAUUUCAAACACAAAGCAGGAAGGUGACGCUCUUCUCGGUGAGAUGGAGUUGACUGGUCAAGCAUUCGAAGAAAUGCAGGAGCAGAACAUUCGACUCAUGCAACAACUCAGAGAGAAGGAUGACACGAAUCUGAAAUUGAUGUCAGAGCGAAUCAAGUCAAACCAAAUACAAAAAUUGCUGCGAGAAGAAAAAGAAGUGCUCACAGACAAGUGCAAUGCAAUGAAUUCCCGCCAUACAGCCAUCGAAGAGGUCGUGAAAAGACUUGAAGAGCGCGAGAAAGUCUUGCAGACUGCUGUUAACAAUAUGGAGAAGGAAAAUUCCCUCCGUCAGCAAGCUAUCGACUUGCACAAACGAAAAGCGGUCGAACUUGGACAGCAGUGUCAAGAAAUGAUGUUCAAAAAUGAAACAGUAAUAAAGCAGUUUGACGAGACGAAAAAAACUGUUCUCGAAAAAACAAAUCGAUUGGAAGAAGAGGUGUUCAAGUGCAACCGAAUACAAGAAGAAAACAGUAGUAUCAAAAAGAAGUUAGACAAGGCUAAACGAAUGGAAUAUCUUGGAGCUUCUGAUGAGAUUCUAGUCGAAGAAGUGAAGAUGUACAAGGGAAAACUAACAUGUCCCUGCUGUAACACGAGACCGAAGGAUGCGAUACUUACAAAAUGUUUCCACGUGUUCUGUUUCGAAUGUUUGAAAACAAGAUACGACACAAGACAGCGAAAAUGUCCGAAAUGUAACGCCACAUUUGGUAACAACGAUUUCCAUAAGAUGUAUAUGUGAGAAGAAUCAGCUGUUUAUUGGUAGCAUAAAAUCAUGGAAGCGAGAAUAACGUUUGUAGCUGUGGGGAGGGCUUAGCUGUUUAGUUAUUUAGUUACCAGACCUCUGACCGAGCCGUAUAUUGGUUUCAUUCUGUUUUUUACGAUUUUGAUACAAUUGCGUGUUAGCUAUAUGAACCUAUUCAGUUGCAAAAUUAGCUACUGGUGUUGUAUAAAGACGUAUAAACAAGAUUGGUACUGUAAGAUGUCUGACUACAAAAGUGUUUUUCCAAGGGACAAGCUUAUCUUUUGUUCAUUUUUUCUUCUGUGUGAAAUUUUACUUUUCACAAUUUAUAAACUUUAGCAGAUGUACAUACAUUUUUUGAAAUAAAUAAACUAAUUACAUGCA